CGGCAACUAUAAAGAUCGUCUUCGCGACCAUCACUCAGCCAGUUCGAACAUCACUACGUAGCCGCGAUGUCUUCCACCAAGGUCUACCUUAGCGACCUCUGCGUAAUCCUACUUUUCGGCUUCUCAUUAAUCUUGGCUGAUGAAAAAUUAAAAACUUCAAGCCCUGUAGUGACCGAAGGACCUAAAGGCAACUGUUCCUGUGGAGGAUUCUCCACCCCAACGCCAGAUGUCAGCAUUGCGCCCCUCCUCUCCCAAUCACCAGGCCUGGUUAUCAAAUGUGACAAAGAAGGAGAGAAUACAUGCAAGAACCUAUGUACGGCGCUAGCUACAGCCACUAAAGCCAAAGGCCCGGAGAUACUGUGCAAUAAACUAAAGGAUGCUGAUGAAUUGAAGUUAUCGGCAUUCUUCAAAGUUUGUGACAAGCCAUGGGUAUACGCAAACUUGACAGCGGACGAGCCUCUAUGUUGCGAUAACACCAAGGUGAAGGUAUGCCCUUCGGUGGAACGCGAGCAGGCUGGUAAUGCUACUGUCAUUUCUACAACAAUUACUACUAUAGAACCAAAGUCAGUCAUUUAACUUUAUAUUACUAACUCUAUAGCUUUUGUAUAAGUGUAUUAUGAAAUAAACAAGUUAUUUAAAUUAUAGUGUCAGUUUAUCGACUUUGUAAGAUACUCGUAAGUCAUAACUAGAAGUGUUGGUCUGUAAUCCCUUAGAACUUAUUUUUUAAUAAAAAUUCUGGAAAUGGUAGUUUUACACUCA